AUGUCUGUGAACGUUCCCACCGACUCUAAGCAGAAGGAGAAGGAUAUCAACCAGAAGCUUCAAUUGUUUGGUAUCUACCAUGCCUUCAAGAAUAGCAAGCUCCCCUCGAACAAGCAAUGUGACAUCGCUUUGAACAGUGCCUUGAACUCCAAGGCCCUCAGAUCUCCAUCUAAGGAGCUCUCAUCCGACGGAAAGACCCUUGUGGCAGAUGUGCGCAAUGUCAUCGAUGCAGCUAAGAAGAUGCUCUUGGUCAAGAACGAGGGUGAACUCCUGCAAGACUUUAUCUGGCAAGCCCAGAAGAUUUCAGGUGAAAAUGUCGAGGGCAAGCGCCCCGGGCUCCCUAUCGACAAGGAGAGUAGUCAGCAAGAUGCGAGCAGGGCCGUUGAUGGCCUGAAGACCCUGGGCACACUCAUGAUCACCAACGGAGAGUUUAGAAAACUAUUGAACGAUGCCAUCACUCUUGGCAAAGACAUUGCUGCCGAUGCUUCUCAAAAGGCCGCCAACCAGGUCCGCCCCUCGCAAGAGGACCUUUCGCAGAUCGACCAAGCUGCAGAGGACAACGUCUGGCACGAGAAGCCCAAUAUCUCCAAGGAUGACCUGAAGUCCAGAAUGAAGAAGAACAAGGCUAAGGCUGAGAACGAAGGUAUUGAGGCAGUCGCUGAAGAUGAGACUGGCACGUCACCGCAGAACAAGAGCAAGGAAUAUUCCGACAAGACUAAGAGCUACUUGUCCGACAAGAUUCCCAAGGAGCGUCGCGAGCAGACCGUCUGGCGUCUGAAGAAGAUGAUCAUUGAGAUCCAGGGUCAUGCUGACUACCAGCAAGCUGUCGAGACCUUGUUGAGCAUGGCUGAGCAAUACGCCGGACACUCCAAGGACAUCUCCAAGAAGGGCAGCAGCUCUGCCCGUGACGUCUUGAAGACCGACAAUGUCCAGGCUGUUCAGUACAAUUUGCGCACCCUUAUCGAACGCUUUGCCAACCACACCUCUCUGGACAGCUUCUUCGAGUCGCUGAACACCAUUUACCGCAAUGCCGAGAGGGACCCUGAACUCCGAAACUGGUUCACGAACGUCGACAACUUGAUUCGCAAAUCUCUGCGCGAGCAAGGCUUCAUCAUGGAGGACGAAUGCAACCGCCAGUGGAACGAGAUUUACGAUAAGGGCCGUUACCUCCUGCGUGAGCGUUACCGUGGUGACGCCGACCGUGUUGUUGACGAGGCCAAGUUCAUGGCCGAUCAGUUCGAGAAGGACCCGCAGAACCAGGCCCUUGCUGAGUCGUUCCAGAAGCUAUUCAAGGAUCUGGGCCACGACGCUAGUGGCAAGGCUACCUUCAAGCCGGAUCUCCUUCGGGAUCUCCGCGAUGUUAUCAUUCCCAGCAUCUUCGAGAAUGUCCGCUACGUUCCAAUCCCCCGUAUUGAAGUCUCGGACCCAAUGGUCGAUGUUGUGGUCGAGAACCUGUGCAUUGAGGGUGACAACCUGAUGCCCAAUGUUAUCGAGUUCGGCAGCGACAACUACUUUCGCUGGGGUCGCAAGAAGAUUACCAACAAGCGUGAUAAUAAGAUCAUGAUUUCCAUGUCUGGCAUUCAGGCUGAUCUGCGCGAUAUCAGCUACUACAUCAAAAAGAAGGAGGGCUUCCCCGCCAUCACCGAUCGUGGAAUCAUGGACAUCUUCCUCGGUGGAGAAGGUCUCAGCGUCAAGAUCGCCGCUUCGACUGCCCAGAAGAACGACAAGGAGCACUUUGUCAAGUUGGACAGGGUGUCUGUGUCCAUCAAGCACAUGGAUAUCAAGCUGAGGAAGUCCCGCCACAAGCUGCUCUUCAACGCCUUCAAGCCCAUGCUGUUCCGCGUGGUCAGACCUGCUCUGCAGAAGGUGGUUGAGGGUCAGAUCCGCGAGGCCUUCAGGAAGGGCGACCUUUUCGCCAAGGACAUCCACACCGAGGCCAUGCGUGCCCAGGAGGCCGCCCGCGAAGACCCCGCGAACGCGCCCACGAUCUUCUCCCGCUACGCCGAUGCCAUCCGAGCUCGCACUCAAGCCAAGGCCAAGCAGGCUGAGAACGUUGCCAAGCGUGACACCACGGUCCAGACUGUUAUGACUCUCCACGAUUCCAUCUUCCCUGACAUCCAGCUCCCCGGUGGUGUAUCCAACAAGACCACCGAGUAUGCUGAGCUGGCUGCCAAGGGCGAACGCUGGGAGUCCCCCAUCUUCAGCCUCGGCAGCGCAUCCGAGUCCACCGGCAUCCCGUCCGGCGGCCCCAUCACCAAGAAGUCUCACGGUGCCAGCACCCAAGGCGCAGGUGCCGCCGGAGUUGCUUCCGCCGGGGGUGUCACUGGCGCCACCACAGGCGCCGCUCCCGUCAUUGCCAAUGGUACCAACGGACAUCCGGCCCGUGGCUUCUCCGAUGAGGUUGACCAAGCUUUCGUCAAUGGCAAGCCCCAGAACUUGGGUGACGCCAUUAAGCAUGGCGCCAACGGCACCAAUGGCGUUAACGGCAUCACUAGUGGCACUGUUACUAACGGUACUGCCGUCAACAAUAUCGGAACUACCGUCUAA